AUGACGGACCUUGACGCGAGACUAUCGGAACUCAGUCUGGCAGAUGAUGUGGGACCUCGCCAGCAGAAUGGAGAGAACUCGACCUCGAUCGAAGAUCUGAGGGAUAGCAUCAAUCUUCUGCUUGACGGUAUCUACGAGAUACAAGAGCUGAGACAUGCGGCCUCAAAGUUGUCAUCUGAUGGAUCUCCGCACAGUCAGCUUGUCGCUCGAGUGGCUGAAUUCGACCGCUCUUUCAGGUCCCUCCAAAGCCGUAUCACCGCGACAGAAGGCUCGAAACGAACUGAUGAUCCUGAGGUCGAAGAGAUUCACAGUGACUGGUCGGAUUUGGAGCGCGAAUACGUGAUCCUUCAACAAGAGAUGAGAGAGGAUGGAUGGCUAUCACGAUUCAGGAUAACCGCAGAUCAGGCCGAGUCGAUGAUGACUCCUUUGCAGACCAGCUUGAAGGACUGCUUGCACUACGUGGAGAGCAUCACUUCGUCCCCUGUCCCGGUCCCUUUCGAAUCUGAGCUGGAAGAGUUGCCCAGCCUUCGCAAACUGCAGGAUUUGGUCAAGUCCCAUGAGGCGAUGAAGGCGACUUACAUCCCCAGCGUCGCCAAAAUCUUGAAAAUGAUGGAGCGUAGUAUCUUCGGUAGGACAAGCAAGAACGGAGAGGCACUCAGGAGAUACAGUGAAAUGACACAGCGGUGGAACGAGCUGCAGCGACAAUUGCAACAACUCGAUGCUCGAGUUAGGAUACUCAUGACUCAACAUCUUUCCAGGUCAUCCAGCGGUGACUUUGAAGUCUUGGCAGAAGCGACCUCACCAUCUGGUUCUUCUUCGAUGGACUAUUUCGCGCGCGGCCAUGCUCAGAAACUGUCCGUGUCCGAUAUACGCAAAUCCAUACAACACCGUACGUCUGUCUCUUCUGUUGUCUCUGGCGUCUCGGGCACUUCUGCCGCGUCCAUGCAAAGGCGAGCCCUCGGUGCGAACGGAAUUCGAGCUGCAACGGAAUCGCCGGAGGUCAAAAGGACUGCACCACCUCUACGCAGUCGGGCAAGCAUGAUGUCUGGCAUGUCGUCGACUACGGCAAGGAUGUCUACUGGGACUACUCCGCCGGUGCCUACAAGGCAGCAGCCUGUAGAGACUAUGCUCAAAACGCCAACCAAUCAACGCUUUGCUGGUGCUGGACGCCGAAGUGGCGCAUUUUCUCCCUCUCCGACCGCCUCGUCGACCAGUCGCAUUCCCAUGUCGAGUCCCGGUGGACCUUCACCGAGACAUCUCGAGGUUCCCGGAUCAGCGUCUCGUGAAUCGCGAAUCCUCCCAGAUCCGUCCAACUGGCCGAAACCAGUGUAUGGGCAGUAUUCGAGUCGCCGACCUGGUCCACCAUCUGUCGGCGGUCGAUCUGUGUCCGGCUCAAUUGCGCGGGGUCCACCACCGUCUUCUUUCAGGUCCACUACGCCUACACCUGCGGGUCGAUCCGUUUCACGGAUGAGUAUGGGAUCACAAGCGCCGUCCAUGUAUGCCCCGCCCUCCCUUCAACCCUUCCAACCUAGCAAAUACGAUCUCCUCGACCAGACUGUCCAAUCAGUGAUCGACGAAACCAAAUUCAAGCUCUUUGUAGCUCGAGUCGAUCCAUCCAUGAAACGUGGGCAGAGGCGAGCGGAAAACGAAGAAUGGAAAGGCGGUUUCGUAUUUGGUGCUGGGCAAAAGGUCAGUCCGGUCAAGUUGCUCAAGAUUGCCGGUCGACCUGGCAGGUUUGGCUUCGGUCAAGGCCAACCGAGAAUGAAAUGCUUGGUCAAAGUUGCCGGAGCAUGGCAGGAGCUGUCGACUUUAUUGAAGGAACGCCUCGAGAAUGCGCCUCAAGGUUUUGACUCGCCCUGA